AACUAAAGUUUGCGAGCUCCAGUAUAAGAACAUUGCCGAAAAUGUUAGUGGACACGUUUUCGCACGUUGAGCUGCUUAAUCUGGAGUUUCUUCAAAUAGAAAGGAUCGAACAUAACGCGUUGGCUAAUGGACGGAACAUAAAGGAGCUUUUCCUCAGCUACAACAACAUCGCAUCGCUUGACCAGGGAGUGUUCGAUAACUUGAUAACACUCAAGGCCUUUACCAUGGAUGGUAACAAACUCGCUAGCAUACCAAAUGAAUUGUUCAAGAACGCAAAGAACUUAAAAACACUUUCACUGGCAAGCAAUAAUCUUCAACGUAUAGGGGAUGACAGUUUUCUUCAUCAUAACCAACUGGAAAGCGUUAAUGUGACCAACAACCAGCUCUUUCACUUUGAUUUGUCACGCAUACGGAACCUGUUUGAGGCGGAUGUUAGCCACAAUAAGCUUGAGAAGCUCGAGCUUCCUUCGUUCGUUGAAUAUUUGGACGCAUCGCACAAUGAAAUCAAAGAAGUUAUUGGAAAAAUAGGCAACAAUCUUAAAGAUCUUAUGCUUUCACACAAUAACCUUAGCACAACUGCCUGGUUGAAGUCGUUUACGAAACUUGUGACUCUUGACCUCUCGCACAACGGGAUUGAGGACAUCACGUCGGGUGAUUUCCAUCAGCUGAAGCAAUUAACUAAACUGAAGCUGAAUAACAAUCGCCUGUUCACGUUCGACAUUAAAGAUAAGGAAAUCAUGACAUCGCUACAAAUUCUUGAUCUAUCACACAAUGAGUUGAUCUUCGUGGAGAGCAAUUACAAGCAGUUUAAAAUACUGCACGAGCUUUACCUCCAUCAUAACUCGAUAGUGUCUCUGAAGCAGGGUCAAUCUGUCGCAUGGUCUAAGUUGGAAAAGCUCACAUUGUCUGAGAACGAUUGGGACUGUGCGAAAAUGGAAGAGUUCUUGGCUAUGCUUCCGCCUUCAGUUGCCGUUGACUAUAGUUCUGAGGCUCACUGCAACCAUGCCAGUCUACCACAAGGAUUGUGCUGUACACGGGUGGAAAUGGCCUACCAUGAUCGGCUGAUUAAAAAAAUCGCCGAAAUUUCCAGCUACGAAAAGGUGAUUCGAGCCAGCGGUCGAUGCAAUGCAGGCUCACUGACCAAUUCAGUCCAAAACGUUUCCAGCAUAGUCACUCAACCCGGAGCACUGCCUUCCUCGGAUCUUGCGAGGGAAGUACAACAAUUACAAACCGAAGUUCAGCGCAUUGGAGGAGACGUUACGGAAGCGGAAAGUUAUGUGACCAGCAAUAUAAAUAAAAUUGAUACACUUACACGCAUAUAUCGCGUAGUGAAGACAGGACUGGUACUGCCAUCGGAUACAUUACGCAAGGUUUUGGACCACUUGGAGCAACGCGAUGAAUUCAAGAGGAAAGAAACCGAAGUCCGAUACGCCGAGGCCAGAGCCAAAGAAAAUGAGUCGGAAAACAUGAAGAAGAAUAAUGAAUUGUCACAAAACAAUUUAGAAAUGAAGAGAACCCGGACAAGCGAGCUAACUAAGGAAAAAGCGGAUGUUGUGAAGGCUAUUAAAAAAUUGGAAAAAGAGAUAAAUAGAAAUCCAAAUGCCAGGCGUACAGUAAAAUAGAAUGUUGCGAAUGAGAUUGCCAAUAUAACGCAUAAACAAAACUAUGCACUUGCCGGUUCUGAUACCUUCCCUGUCCCUGUAAUGUGAUCGUCUGAUUCUGAACGCGAAUGAACCAGCAUCGAACUAGCUGACCGUGAAAUGAAGUGUAUGCAUUACUUCUUACGAAUCGAUGAAAAAUACACGUUACUCAAUAAAUGAAUGUUUCGCUGAAUAAAUGCA